UUGUAACUUCGAUUGUCCAGCAGUUUUCGUGUCUGUGUCUCUCCUGAGUCAAAGAAGUUUCGUGUAUACACAAAGUAGAGUAAACGUAUCGAUUAAAACAUGUCUUAUAAACCAGUAACACACGUGCUUUUUGAUAUGGACGGAUUAUUAUUAGAUACAGAGAGAUUGUACACAGUGUCAUUCCAGGAAGUCUGUGACAGGUUCAAUAAGAAGUAUACCUGGGAAGUGAAGUCCUCUGUGAUGGGGAAAAAGGCUUUGGAGGCUGCCAGGAUCAUAAGAGACAAAAUUGAACUCCCCAUGACCCCCGAAGAGCUCCUAGAGGAGACCAGAAAAAUUCAGGAGCGAUUAUUCCCCACAGCCUCUCUGUUGCCAGGUGUAGCAAAGCUUGUCAAUCAUCUACACAAGCAUGGUAUUCCAAUUGCUGUUGGCACAAGUUCAGCAGGUCUGACCUUUGAGAUGAAGACUAGCCGUCAUAAAGAGUUCUUCAGCCUCUUCAGUCACAUUGUCCUUGGAGAUGAUCCUGAAGUAAAGAAUGGCAAGCCACACCCUGACAUUUUUGUGGUGUGUGCUAAGAGAUUCUCCCCCCCAGCCAACCCUGAACAGUGUCUGGUUUUUGAAGAUGCUCCAAAUGGAGUAAAGGCGGGUCUGGCAGCUGGAAUGCAGGUGGUGAUGAUCCCAGAUGAUAACCUGGACCGCAGCCUCACCCAGGAGGCCACCUUGCUGCUCAGAAGCAUGGAAGAGUUCAGACCAGAACUCUUUGGUCUUCCAGCCUACCCACAAGGACAGUAAUAAUAGCAGUGAUUUAAAUUCCACUGUUAUAUCCUGUCAAUUUAAAAAGAAAGAAAGAAAGAAAGAAAGAAAGAAAGAAAGAAAGAAACAGGCUGCAGUGUUAGCUCCUGCAAUCAAAAACAGGAGAAACUAAUCUCUACCAUUAUUUCUGUCAGCCAUGGAUUUGCUGUUCAGGGACAAAACAGAAUACUGAUUGUUUCGAUUUUUUUUUUUUUUUUUUAGACCAUCACAACUCUGAAUCUAUUUCCUUUGACCACCCGAAUGACACAAAGACAAAUUUUGAUUAUGCUGCUCAAUUAGCCUCUGUCAAACCAUUAGGCCAUAUUGACAUUUUGCAUUUCAACCAAUUACAGGGUAUCAUUUUCUUUCUUUCUUUCUCUUUCUUUCUUUCUUUCUUUCUUUGAAUGCAGUUGGUACUGUUUUGAGCGUUUGUGUCUCUGUGUAUAAAUCUCCAAUUUGACGAAAGCUCACAACUUACCGGUCAUGGUUUAAAUUUACAGUAGGUGACGGUUUAACAAUUCCGCUCGACCAGUCGUAUUUUCUAUUAGCGUUACCUUUCCUCCUUGCAGAGGUCUAUUAAAAUACCAAAGAGAUUUUUGAGUUUGAACCAUGUGGCGUAAUCCAAUAAAGGGAUUCGAGAGCACAGUCGUCUUUCAUCUUCUUCCAAUGUCCGCCCUCACAGAGCUGGAGUUAGCAUGUUCACUCACUUCAGUGCUGUCCAACAUCUCAGAGAGUUCAAGCCUGUCUUCUUUCAGCCUUCCCCUCUGGUAAGAAGAAAAGGGUUUUUGCCAGAAUCCACUUCGUCCUCCACAUAUGCCAUGUCCUUUCAUCCGUAAAGAUGGGGUAAUCUGGAAAGCUUUUCCUUUUUUAAGACUUUUCACUCUAUGAAGGUCUUUUACAUGUCAUUUCACACCUGAAGAAUCUAAGGCUCAGGGUGUGACAGGGGCAUGUGCUCGUGUGUGAACACCAGUGUUAGAAAUUAACUUUUUUAUAUAUUAAAGAGAAAUAUUUCCUCAGGUGGAAUUGAUUUUCAUGGGCAUUUUUACCUCUAUAACGUUUUUUUUUUUUUUUUUUUUAUUAUUAUUUUUUCUUCCAUAUAAAACACAAAGUAUUCUCCAUUUGUCAAAUACUCCAGUUGAAUUCAUACAAAAAUGAAACCUGUCAUCCAUUUGUUAAAUACUGCAGCUGAAUUUUUAAUUGAAAUAAAUUAUCAAUCAAUCAACAAUAAACACUCUACCAGAAUGCAUUUUAAAUAUUAAUUUUAAAUUUUAAAUUAUAAUUUUCCGCUCCCUGUGUGAGAUUAUACAGCUCUUUACUCUCCAAACAGAUCAUUAAAAAGGCUUAGAACAUAAUAUCACAAAAUAUACCAAAUGUUAGCAGGCAGGUAAAAAUUCACUGUUUUAAAAAUUUGGGGCACUUUUGAACCAGAUCCCUGGUUAACUUUUGUCCUUGGUACACAUUUCUGCAUGUAUUGGAAGCACUUUUGUGUGCAGUGCAUUCAUUUAAAUGUGUUGCCAUGGAGAAUAUUUGUAUGGCGUAUCAGUAAUUCCAUUAUGUUGGUGAUUGUUUGAUUGAUUGAAUGAGAUUGAAUAAAUUUGAAGCAGGAUUUGUUGUGCCAAUUGUAAGCACACUGUAUGUGUAUACAUAUGUCUGUGUAUUAAACUGUUACCUCCAUUGUAAUGAAGCACACAGUACUUGAAUGAA